GCGACGUGGCGUGCCCGACGCUUGCUGUGACGACGACGGCGGCUGGUGGGAGUCUGACGCAGAACGACAUCCGCGGCGGUGGGAGCGCCGUCCCGACACUGCUGAUGGUGGCGCUGCCGCCGCCGUUUCUUUGGGCAAGUGACCCGCAGAUUGGCACGCACCUGAGCUUCGUGCCUGUGUCGACGGCGCAGCCGAGUGGGUUUGGCGGUCCGUGGGGAGCGAUGCUGAGCAACGCGACGUGGGUGCGCAACGCGACGAAUCCGUCUACCGUUCUGGAGCUGGCUGUGCCCGUGCACCGCGGUUACUUCAUUGCUGCCGACGAGACGAUAGUCAUUCGCUGCGACGCUGCGGCAGUGUCUGGCGGCUGCAAGGGUGUGCUGCUUGGUUCCUUCACGAUCAGGUUUGACACGCUGCCCGCCGCAGCCAGCGCUCUCUCGGCGGUCACCGGCGUUGUUGCGGGUGCGGCGGCUGUUGCGGUGGUGGUGACCGGCGGGCUGGGCUCCGUCCUGGAGAUGCAGGCGCUCGGCGUGUUCGCGAGGAUGUCGUGCGCCUCGGCGCAGGAGCGUGCGAGCACCGCUGCGCUGCCGUACUUCCUGUCGGUGUUCGCUGCCCUUGACCCAGUGUGGAUGGUGGUGGGCAACGCGCUGCUCGCCGCUGUGUUCGGGUGCGUGCACUGCGGUGUGACGGCGGCCUUCCAGCGGUGGCGCGGUGUGGACGCGGCGAGUGCGUGGGCGGCGAUGCGCUUCCCGAGCCUGACGUACGUCGUGGCGCACGCGAUGCACCUCGGCAUCUUCUUCGGCUCCGUGCUUGCACUGGCGAUGCCCGACGCCCGCGUGCAGCACCGCGUGAUUGGAGUUGUUGGCGUGCUGUACGGUGUGGCGUUCCCUGCUGGCGUGUGCUACCUGAUUGCCCGCCACACGGGCGCGAGCUUCACGAGGUACUGGCAGUUUUCGAGGAAGCCGCUGCAUGAGCGCCUGCUGUACCCCGUCGGGUAUUGGCACCCCGCGGCGCAGCAGCGGAUGUACGGCGGCAUGCUGACGAACAUGAGGGGCAGCCACGUGUACUGGUGCGUGUUUCGGCUGUCGGCGCUGUGUGUGGUGUGCCUGAUUGCUGCUGUGCACCCGCCCGUGGGAGGCUGCCACGUCCAGUACUUCUGCAUGGCUGCUGUGCUGCUUGCGGGUGCGGGCGUGGUUGCCUUCACGAACAUGAUGCGCUCGGCCUUUCUGACGGUGAUGCACGCGGCGGACUUUGUGCUCCUUGCGGCGCUGUGCGCGGUGAGCGCGGCCAACCACCUUGCGCCGAGCGACGGCGGUGCGAGGGCGUACGUGGCUAUUGUGCUGCUGCUGACGACUGUGGUGCUUGCGGUCACUGUGUACAGCGUCGUUGUGUGGUACGCGGAGGACCGCCACUGGCAGGGGCUGCGCGAGCCGCGGCGUGGUGGGCUGGAGGCACUGCUGCGCGAUGACGAGGAUGGUGACGAAGAGACACAGAAGCCCCACGACGUGACGUUAUCGUCGUAUGCCCCAGGCACCACCGUUGCGUCAUCGUACCGACCACCCGCAGCGCCGCGGCCCGUGGCUGGUGACACCCGCUUAGACGCUCUGAGCCUGUUCGACCGUGCAUCCAGUGCGAGCCGUAUUGAUUGA